AUGCCACCAAGAAGAGCAGCUUCUUCACAAAACAGUCAGGCUAAUGAUGAUGUACCUCCAGUUGAGGGUUUGCCUCCUGUGAGUGCAGAAGGGAUCUAUAGGUAUCUUGGGACACUAGCUGGUUUAGUUGAACGCCAAGCUCGAGCUGCUGGGACUAAUGUUCAAGGACAGUCUUCAUCUUCUAGGGGUAGCUCUUUUGAUGACUUCAAGAAAUUGGGUCCUCCUUACUUUUCUGUUUGCUCUGAGGAGCAAAAAGCCUCUUAUGCAGCUUUUAUGUUAGAUAAAGAGGCAGAUCAUUGGUGGCGUAUGACUAGGAGACUUUUGGAGGAUCAGGGACCCAUAACAUGGAGACAAUUUCGGGAGGCUUUCUACAAGAAGUAUUUCCCUGACAGUGUUAGGCGGCAGAAGGUGGGGGAGUUUAUUCGUUUGGAACAGGGGGAUAUGACUGUGGCUCAGUAUGAGGCCAAAUUUACAGAGUUAUCACGUUUUUCCCCACAGUUGAUUGCUACAGAGGAGGAAAAGCUUGGUGUCUAUUCAGAGGUUGUUGAUAGAGCCCUUAUAGCAGAGAAAGAUAAUGAGGAGCUUCAUCACACAGCGAAGGGCUACAUCAGGAGAAAUCAGAAUAAAGGGAAGACAACGCAGAAUUUGGAUGGGAUUUGUCCUACUUGUGGCAAGAAGCAUGGGGGUAGGCCAUGCUAUAGAGAGACUGGAGCUUGCUUUGGUUGUGGGAAGCAAGGACAUUUGAUCAGAGAUUGUCCAGAGAAUAGGAAGUUCAUCAUUGGGAAGCCUAAAGAGGAAAAUAAGGAGGAUAAACAGAAACCCAAAGCCCAAGGGCGGGUGUUUGCAAUGACUCAUCGAGAUGCUCAGGCCACUUCUGAUGUGGUGACAGGUACUCUUAGUUCGGGUGAGGAGUGAUGGCUAGGCUGAG